AUGGAGAGAGGCUGUGUGUGUAUGAAAGAAACAUGUGCCAGAAAAUGUUGUCCUUUUGGUCAGGGAUACGAGAAGACCACUAAGAAAUGUAUCGACCUCCCGGAAAAGUUUGAACCACCGGUUUGGGAAGGAUCAACAUUGAGGUCAGAAUUUAACAUUACCAAGGAAUUUCAUUUUUUGUUCAAUAAAAUGAAUUGUUCACGUGAGUUGGAGGAGUUAAGAAUUCCUAUACGAGCCAUGUUAUUGCCGUUCCACCUGGAGACGAAUGGCAAGUUAUACGUGGAGGUCACGAAAGGAAGCUCAACCAUUUAUGGUCCAGACCAAUAUUGCAUUGAUAACUUUGUGUGGGACGACAACAGAACAGAGAUCAGCGCAUUGAUUUGCUUCAAGUCUGACCCUGCUGGUGAAAAUCACUAUCAAGUCAGCAGUACCUGUAUGUUAAUCUCAUGUUUCUUCAUCGUUCUGACGGUUGCCGUGUAUGCAUGGUUGCCGGAGCUCAGAAAUCUACAUGGCAUGGUUUUGAUGGCGCACCUACUCAGUUUCCUAGUAGGCUUCACAUUUAUGGCUACUAUGCAAAUAAAGAUCUUAAGAAACGACUCCGAGCCAGAAACAUGCACCAGUUUCACAUUCAUCAUUUACUUCUCGCUUCUGUCUGCGUUCUUUUGGCUGAACAUAAUGUGCUAUGAUAUCUGGUUUACAUUUAGCGGUAAACGUGCGAUAGGUGGGCGGCCAUCUUCAGCUGGUGUGCGGUUCUUGUAUUACAGUAUAUAUGCAUUCGGUAUCCCACUGCUUCUGACUGUCUUGCUCGUAGUCCUAGAGUUUGGAGUCGACAAUAACAUAAGUAACCUAUUGCCUCGUAUUAGACUGCAGGGAUGUUUCCUAUUUGGGAACAGUAAAGUCCUCUAUUUUUAUGUACCCAUAUUAAUAUUGUGCGUGGCAAAUUUGGUAUUCUUCACAUUGACGGCUAUGAAAAUAGCAGAGAUAAAGAAACAGACCCAGGUGCUAAAUAAGAAGGAUAAACAAAGGUUCUUGCUUUAUAUUAAGCUGUUCCUCGUGAUGGGUGUCAACUGGAUUUUAGAGGUUGUUAGCUACUUCUACCCUGAAGCCGAUUACAUUUGGAAGUUUACUGAUGCCUACAACGUUCUCGUCGGACUUAUCAUUUUUAUCAUCUUCGUCUGCAAAGUAAAAACUCUGAAAAUGAUAAGACACAGGAUUAAAAAUUGUCAACGAUCCAAUGCAAACAUUGGAGAAAUGAAAGCUAUCAGCCGUAUAAAGCUGAGUCACUGGCGGAAUGGGACAGGAAUAAGAUCCAGUAUCGAUACAAUAAGAACCACAAUCGGACAGGAUUCUGAUACCAAGAGUAUCAGAUCUGAUAAAUUGACUGACACGUUACAUUCAUAG